UCAAAAUUAAUUUUCUUUUCAAAUUUCGGUUCUAAAUUUCUCUUCAAAUUUGUGAAUCUUAACACAAGUACUGAGAGAAUGAAGAUGCAGGAAGAAAAACUGAUCGAAGCCUCUCUUGGAGCGAUCUCCAGUCGGGUCCAGGAAGUCAAAGAUUCUUUACAGGCUUUCUUGGCCAAACUAGAAAUGGAACAAAUGAAUUGGCCAUCAAUGCUAGAUAACUUUGCUCUUCUAUCAGGUCAAGUCAGAACUUUAACAAAACUACUAAAAGGUGACAAGACACCUCUACUAAGAGACCUUGUAUUGCUUCCCAUUCUGGUGCAGCAAGAAACUGACCCUGACAUACAGAAAGCAACCCAAGGAAGAAUACAGGCAUUUAAUCAUGAAGUGGUUCCAGAUUAUUUACGAACAAAGUAUGAACCUGAAGUCGAAGAAUAUGAACAGAAAUUAGUUGCUGUUGCCUCAAACUUAAAUCCUGAUUCUGCACAGAGACAAAUAACUCAGUUUAAUGACAUCAUUGGUGGUCUAACAGACAUGAUUACAAAUGCCAAAGAAGAAUGGGAAGGUGAACAAAACUUGGCUGCAAGAACAACACCAGUAGCCAACCCAGACUUAGACAACCUAGUUGCAGCCAUAACGUUUGGAAAAGGAGUAAAACCAACAAAGGCAGCUAAUAGCAAAUCAAAAUCUAAAGGAUCUCCAGGAACUUUUGCAGAUCAAGGUACUUCUGGGUGGCAAGGCUCCAAGGACCAAUCUGGCAAAAUGUCAAGCUCUGUCAAAAAUGAACUCAAAGCAGUAUCUAGUCCACAUCCAUAUGCUGCACGCCCACCAAGUAGAACAGGAAGUAGUCAUUCAUAAACUACAUUCAUUUUAUAUGUUUAUAAAAACUCCAAUGUAUAUAGAUAUUAUAUAUAUUUUAGGUUUGAAAAUUAAUGUCUACGUCUAUACUUUACAGUAGGUAGCUAAAUAUAAAAUUUGAAGGUUAUGGUGUAUGAAAUAAUUAUUUAUAUUUUAAUCUCUAGAUAAAUAAAAUAAUAUUUCAACUCUU